CCACUAGCUAAGAGAGCAAGAAUCAUCGCAGUCAAGGUCCCUGAUGCGCAGGUUAGCAGAGCCUAUAGUGCUGUUAUUUUGUGGGCUUCAAUGGGUCGUCCAGGAUGCGAGGAGGAAACGCAUUCUCGGCAGGGCGGUUAUUAACUUCAGUGUUGGGGGUCCCACAUCAGCGGCUACCAAUAAUGCUUUGAUCGCAGCCCAUAAUGCUGGUGUUUUCAUGGUUGCUGCCGCUGGAAAUGAUGGUAAUACAUAGUGAGUUACAUUUGCCCACUUGUAUU